AUGUGCCCCGGUAACUGGCUCUGGGCCUCCAUGACUUUUAUGGCCCGCUUCUCCCGCAGCAGCUCAAGGUCCCCGGUUCGCACUCGAGGGAGCCUGGAGGAGAUGCACGCGGUGCACCAUCCUUUCCUCAACGUCUUUGAGUUGGAGAGGCUCCUCUACACAGGCAAGACAGCCUGUAACCAUGCCGAUGAGGUCUGGCCAGGCCUCUACCUCGGAGACCAGGACAUGGCCAACAACCGCCGUGAGCUUCGUCGCCUGGGCAUCACCCAUGUCCUCAAUGCCUCACACAGCCGGUGGAGGGGCACCCCCGAGGCCUACGAGGGACUGGGCAUCCGCUACCUGGGGGUCGAGGCCCAUGACUCGCCAGCCUUUGACAUGAGCAUCCACUUUCAGACUGCUGCGGACUUCAUCCAUCGGGCACUGAGCCAGCCAGGAGGGAAGAUCCUGGUACACUGUGCCGUGGGAGUGAGCAGAUCGGCCACCCUGGUGCUGGCCUACCUCAUGCUUUAUCAUCACUUCACCCUCGUGGAGGCCAUCAAGAAAGUCAAGGAUCACCGGGGCAUCAUCCCCAACCGGGGCUUCUUGAGGCAGCUCCUAGCCCUGGACCGGAGGCUUCGGCAGGGUCUGGAGGCAUGAGAGCAGGGAAAGCAAGCGGGCCAGGUUCCUGGGUAGUUUCCUGGCUCCCAGUUGGGAAGAGGAGACCCAGGUGGCAGGUAGUAGAAAGGCCAGACAACCCAUCCUCCCCCAAUGGCAGGAGAGGGAAGGGCCCCUCCGAGGCCACUGUGACUCUGUGGAAGGGGAUGGAGAGCCAAGUCGGGCAGUGUGGUAGGUGGGGGCUGCUGACUCGGGAAGGAAGCAGCUGGGCUGUAGUUUCUGUGAUUAGGACAGCACCAGAUUCCAGCAGGGUGUGCCCAGUGACUCAGAACCCCUUCCCCUCAUGUGUUCAAGUG